AUGGCUGCCAUCCUCGGCAAGGACGAUGAGGAGCUCGUCGUGGCCGAGGAGUUUUCGCAGCUGAGCGUGGGUGAUGGCUACGGCGGCAUUCUCCCCGGAGCGGUAUGUUACAAAGCGGAGUUCAGCCCACCCUGGUCCGAGACGGCGCGCGCAAGAAACUACAACUCCAUGUGCGCCGAGCUGCCCGAAACCACGAAGAAAUACCGCGUCUCCGCGAAGCACGGCGCGACGAUGCGCAACGGCGUGUCCCUCAAGACGGAGCUCGCGCUGCAGGGCGCGCUCGGCCCCAUCAAGCAGGGCGAGAUCGUCCACGGCGACGACGAGGUCUGGAACGACCAGGGCGACCUCCGCGUCCACGUCAUCGUGCCGAACACGUCGCUGGGCUGCGGCUACGUGACGGGCUGGGUGUCGUUUAAGACGCUCACGCCCUUGAACGACGACGGGACGCCCCUCCCGCGGCCGACGUUCUGGACGCACGAGCUCACCGUGCGACUCCAGGAGAACUUCGAGUGGGGCUACCGCCAGGCGUCGGUGCAGACGUUGAUCCGAAAGAUCAAGCAGGACGUCGACGACAUGCGGGCCGAGAGCAAGAAGGCGGCCGAGGGCGGCGGCAAGGGCAAGAAGGUGCCGACGUUCCGCGAGUACGUCGACGCGCUCUGGAUGAAGGUGCGGGGCCCCGCGCUGGCGAAGUGCGGCAUGCCGGCGACGAUGAAGGGCCUCAACGAGCAGCAGGCCAUGGACCACUUCGCGUACGGCGAGGACGAGCGGACCUGGGGCAUCAUGGACGCGCACAACCGCAUCGUCCAGCUCAUGGCCGCCCAGGACCCGUCGAAGAUCGUCCCCGCGAAGGACAUGGUCGGCAAGCGCACGAUGCUCACGGCCAAGGUCAACGAGCAGGGCGACAUGCCCCCAUCCGACGUCCAUCGACUCCGCACGAUGGUCAACCUGAAGGCGCUCGUCGCCGGCGCCGCCGGCCUCGUCGGGAACCUCCUGCCGCCGCGGGGCGAGGCGGGCCGGCUGCGGCGCGCGCUCAAGGCCAAGGACCUCAACGAGACCUACAGGGCCGAGCUCUCCGCCGAGCUCGCCGUCGUCCUCUUCGCCUGCGCGCCGGGCGAGAACGUGACCGCGAAGGCCUUCGCCGAGGGGCGGAAGCACGCGGAGCUCGCCAUGGCCGGCGACCCCGAGUCCUGGGCCGCGUUUCGCGCCGAGCGCGCGCUGCACCUCGCGCUCGGCGACGCGGAGGAGAGCCUGCUCCCGUCGAGCCGGGUCCUCGACCGCGACGCGGACCGCGUGCGCGGCCUCACGGAGCACGCCCGCGCCAUGCUCGUCGCCGCCUGCUCCAACGCCUGCGCGGCGCGCUACCUCGAGAUGAAGCCCGAGGAGCAGUCGCGCGGCAUGGAGACCGCGUCCGCGCGCCGCGCGGCCGCGCUGUGGCGCGUCAUGGAGACGGGGCGCCUGCUGCGCAACGCGUCGGACGCGGACCCGGACGACGCCGACGCCGCGGCGGCGGCCGACGCCACGGCCCACUACGUCGAGCUCGACGCGUUCAAGGGGUCGACGACGAACGAGCUCAUCGACCUCGCCAAGUGCCGGCCCUACGUCGGCACGACCAUGGACGGCCGAGUCUGCCCCGCCGGGCGCAAGAAGAAGAAGAAGAAGGAGAUCAAGCCCGUCGUCAACUACAACGACAAGAAGAUCGGCCCGGGCGUCGCCGACCGGGACGACGAGUCCACGGAGAGCGGCAAGGAGCCGCCGCUGCUCGUCUGGGAGAACGCCUCGCUGACGCAGGAGGCCUACCCGACGCUCGUCAACUCGAGCGGUUUCGUGGAGAAGGGCGAGAUCAUGGCCGUGCUCGGCUCCCGCAGCGACACGGGCGCCUUCGUCGACCUGCUGAGCGGGCGGCCCGUCGCCGGCGAGGUCGCGGGCUACUUCGCGCUGGACGGGCGCACCGCGCGGCGCGAGAAGCUGCGCGACUCGUCGGCGACGGUGCCGUUCGGGAUGGAGCUGCCCGCGCACCUCACGGUGCUCGAGGCGUCCUUCUUUCUCCUGCGAUUGCGGGCCCCGGCGGACGUGGACAACUUCGAGGUCUCGGAGCGCUGCAAGUGGGCCCUCGAGGAGAUGGAGCUCGAGGAGUGCGGCCCGCUCUUCGUCGGCGGCCGCGUCGACGACGGCAACCUGCACGUGCGCGGGCUCACGGCGGACCAGCGGCGGCGCCUGGCCAUCGCGACGGCCAUCUCGACGAAGCCGCGGCUGUUGUACCUGGAAUACCCGACGUCGGGCCUCGACUGCAAGUCCGCGCUCGUGUUGAUGAACCUCGUCAGCGAGGUCGCUCUGACGGCGCUCCAGGGCAUGGCCGUCGUCGCGUCGCUCCACAAGCCGCGGCGCGGCGUCUGGCACCUCUUCGAGAGCUGCUACUUUUUGAGCGCGGGCCACGCCAUGUACUUCGGGCACGUCGACGGCGCGGUGGCCUGGUUCCAGUCCAUCGGCUACCUCGGCGGCGACGGCGCGGACGACGGCAACCCCUGCGACCUCAUCCUGGACCUGAUCACCAUCGACUGCGACAAGGACCCGCGGAGCUACGGCACGUCGACCAUGGUCUACCUCACGGACGUGGCCAACGCGAGCCGCGCGUUCCACAAGACGUGCGCGCCGACCGUCGCCGCCUUGGCGGCGAAGGCGCGGAGCGCGGGGCCGCCCAAGGACGACAUUUUGCCGCCGCCGAACCGCGCGUCGCUCCGCGUCACCUUCUCCGCCGUCGCGUCGCGCAUCCUGCGGUUCCACGUGCGCCACCCGGGCGCGCUCACCGCGCGCGCGACGCACGCGUGCAUCGCGGUCUGCAUCGGCGCGUUCCUCUUCGGCCACGACACGCCCGACGAUUUGCUGCCCUGGGACACGGUGUCCUACGCCGACCACGCGUCCACCAAGCUGUCCUACGAGCGCGUCACGUCCUACACGCACGCCUGCGUCGUCUGGGUCAUCACGAUCCUCAUGGCGGAGCUCAGCGCCGUCACCGUCACGUUCCACGACCGGCUCCGCGCGUCGCGCGACAUGGCCGACGGCUUGUACGGGCCCCGGGUCUACUUCGUCGCCGCGGCCGCCGUCGAGAUCCUGUCGGGCUUCGGGCUCUACUACCCCAUGUCGCUCCUCUUCGCCUGGGCGACGGGCCUCGAGCGCGUCUUCCACUUUGCGCGCGUCAUGGCGACGAUGGGCUGCUUCUUCAAGGUCGGCCUGCUGAGCGCCUGCUGCGUCGCGGCGCGCCUCGACCUCGCCGCCAACGCCGUCACGACGGCGGCGGUGGUCAGCGUCUGCUGCAGCAACGCGGUCAUCCGGCGCCGCGACCUGCCGCGCGCGUUCAAGUGGAUGCCCUACUUUAGCCUCCUGCGCCCGGCCCUGGCCAUGCUCGUGCGCGAGGAGCUCGGCAGCGACGUCGUCGCCUACCUGGGCCUCGGGGACCUGGGCCUGCGGCGCGGCGAGCGCACGAACGACUUCACGGACUCGGUCACGCUCCAGUUCUUCUGCUUCGCGGCGCUCGCGCCGGGCUACUACUGGCUCGCGCGGACGACGCCCCGGGGCCCGCACCGGCGGGGCUACGUCAAGGCCGGGCCGGGCCUCGCCGACGACGACGGCGGCGACGACGGCCGGGGCGCGCCGGACGACGACGAGGCGCCGCUCCCGACCGGCGGCCUCGGCGGCGAGACCGUGUCGCCGCGCGAGGUCCAGAUCGAGCGCAUCCUCGCGGCCUACGAGGCGGCGCUCCUGCGCCACGACGUCGGCUACGGCGAGAUCGAGGCGCUGCGCCUGCGCACGGGCGUCGUCCAGGACGAGAGCGAGGGCGUCGUGUCGCCCGCGCACACGACGCCGUUCGCGUCGCUGCCCAAGGUCGCCGCGCGCAAGAGCUCGACGCCCUACGACCCGCAGAAGACGACGCACCGGCGCAAGAUCUCGCGGCUCAUGAACCAGGCGGCGUCGAAGAGCGUCGACGACCACGUCCAGGCGCUCGCGGACUUUGCGCGGACGUACGCGCGGAGCGACCACCUGCCGGUGGAGGUGCGCUACCGCGAGGUCAACUACUACGCCAUGGUCGACACGACGCGGCCCAAGGUCGAGAACGUCGUCAACGUGACGCCCCUGGGCGUGCUCCUGUCGCGCAUGAUGCACGAGGGCGAGACGUCGAAGCACGUCGACAUCCUCAAGGGCGUGAGCGGCGCGAUCAGGCCGGGCACGCUGACCCUGGUGCUGGGCAAGCCCGGCGCGGGGAAGACGUCCUUCCUCAAGAUGCUCUGCGGCAUGCUCAAGUCGAGCGCGGCGCGCGACCUCACGUUCGAGGGCGACUGCUUCUACAACGGCGAGCCGCUCAGCGACCCCAAGGGGCGCUUCGUCCCCUCCAAGGUCGCGGCCUACAUCGACCAGAUCGACCUGCACAGCGCGUCCCUCACGGUCGAGGACACGCUCGAGUUCGCCUACGAGACCCUCGGCGCGGGCGAGGCGAGCGGCGGCGCGCGCGAGGACCUCGCCGCGAGCCUGCGGGGCGUCGACGCGACGGAGGUCAAGGACUUCAUCAAGUACCAGAAGGAGGGCAAGAUGAAGCUCCACACGGUGCUGGGCAUCCUCGGGCUCGCGCACGUCAAGGGCACGAUCGUCGGCAACGCGACGACGCGCGGCAUCAGCGGCGGCCAGCGGCGCCGCGUGUCCGUCGGCGAGAUUCUGAUGGGCAAGGCGCGGGUUUUGUGUGGGGACUCGAUAACGACCGGUCUGGACAGCCAGACGGCGCACGAGAUCGUCAAGGCCUUCAAGUGCUUCGCGCGGGACCUCAAGACGACGUGCGUGCUGUCGCUGCUCCAGCCGCCGCCCGAGGUCUUCCUCCAGUUCGACAGCGUGUGUCUCCUGGACGCGGGCCGCGUCAUCUACCACGGCCCGACGCAGGGCAUCUUGGACCACUUCGCGUCCAUCGGCUUCCGGCCGCCCGCGCGCAAGGACGCGGCGGACUUCCUCAUCGAGGUGAGCUCGCCCGCGGGCUACGCGUUCUACGAGGGCUACGCGACGCCGCCGGCGUCGGCCGACGCCUUCGCGGCGCUCUUCCGCCAGACGGAGUGGCACGCCCAGACCGUCGACGCCCUCGACUCGCCGAACGCGUACGCGCUCGGCGACGACCAGUGGCCCGCGUACUUCCGCAUCGAGUUCACGAAGCCGCUGGGCUGGUACGCCUACUGGAUUUUACGAAGGCGCGCCUUCGAGAUCGCCAAGGACACGACCUUCGUCAAGGUCAAGUGCUUCCAGGCGCUGGCCAUGGGGCUCGCGACGGGCCUGCUGUUCCGCGAUCUCGGCUACGAGGACUUCACGAGCAAGAUGGGCCUGCUCUUCGCCGUGCUGAUGUACCUGGGCGUCACGGGCCUCGCCUACAUGCCCGAGCUGCUGGAGCGGCGCGACGUCUUCUACAAGAUGCGCGACCAGUCCUUCUUUCCUACUUUAGCUUUCACGCUCGCGAACGUCGCCGUCGACCUGCCCAUCGCGGUCAUCGAGUCGGCGAUCUUCACGAACGUCGCCUACUGGUUCACGGGCCUGGGCUCCCAGGGCUACCCCCUCUUCUUCGCCAUCUGCCUCACGCUGUCCGUGUCCAUGGCGUCGAUCUUCGCGCUGAUCGCGUCCGUCGCGCCGAACGAGGACGUCGCGAACCCCAUGGCCGGCGCGUUGAUCGUCUGCUUCGUGCUCUUCUCCGGGUUCAUCGUCCAGCGGCCCAACAUCCCCUGGUUCUGGAAGUGGCUCUACUGGAUGUCGCCCAUCGCCCACGGCAUCCGCGCGGCCGCGAUCAACGAGUUCGGAAGCGAACGCUACGCGAGCUGCAAGUUCCAGACGGCCGUGGCGCCCUUCUGGUACUUCGACUGGGAGGCCUUCCGGUGGCGGCUCUACGCCGACGGCUGCGCCUUCGCCGACAGCGACGGCCACCUGUUCCUGAAGAUGUACGAGUUCCAGACGGACCGGGCGUGGAUCGGCGGCGCGUUCGUCGUCUUCGGCGCGUACUUCGCCGCGGGCAUGGUCUUCCAGACCGUCGCGCUGUCCGUCGUGCGCGUGGGCGCGGGACCGACGUCCGGCGACGGCGAGGAGCCCGAGCCCCUGGAGCGCCACCCGUCGCGCGUGCACAGCCUCAAGCCCGCGGAGGCGACGCCCGUCGACGACGUCGCGGAUCCGUUCCUGCUCCCGCCGGAGAAGGCGCCGCCGGCGCCGCUCCGGGUCGAGAGCGACGACGACUGCUCGCCGCGCCACGACGCGGCGCCGCCGGGCACGCCGCGGCGGCGCUACAGCGAGAAGAAGCUCGCGAAGACCGCGAGCCGGCGGAGCGAGCGGAAGCAGUCCGCGUUUUCCGCGGCGAACGCGGGCGACAUCGACGCGUCGGGCGACGUUCCCUACGAGCCCAUGUCCGUGGCCUUCCGCGACCUGCACUACUUCGUCGACGUGCCGUCGAAGAAGGGCGGCGGCCAGCCGGAGCACCUGGAACUGCUCGCGGGCGUCACGGGCUUCGCGACGCCGGGGACGAUGACGGCGCUCAUGGGCUCCUCCGGCGCGGGCAAGACGACGCUCUCGACCGGCAUGAUCACGGUCAACGGCCACGCGAAGAAGCAGGACACGUUCGCGCGCGUCUCCGGCUACGUCGAGCAGCUCGACGUGCACUCGCCGGGCCCCACCGUGGCCGAGGCCGUGGCGUUCUCCGCCGCGCUGCGCCUGAACCCGAGCGCCGACGAGAAGCGCAAGCCCUUUUGCGCGAACAUUCUGCGAAUUCUGGAAUUGGCGCCCAUCGCGGACAACCAGGUCGGCACGCUCGGCAAGCCCGGCGGUUUGAGCUUCGAGCAGCGCAAGCGCCUGACCAUCGCCGUCGAGCUCGCGGCGAACCCGGCCAUCUUCUUCUUGGACGAGCCGACGUCGGGUCUGGACAGCCGCGCGGCGCUGGUGGUCAUCCGCGCGGUGCGGCAGGUCGCGGUCACGGGCCGGAGCGUCAUCUGCACGGUGCACCAGCCGUCCUACGCCCUAUUCGCCCAGUUCGACCGCCUCCUCCUGCUCAAGAAGGGGGGCAUGGUCGUCUACUUUGGCGGGCUCGGCGAGGACAGCGGCGAUCUCGUCGCGUUCUUAUCCCAGACCGCGGCGUCGCUCGGCCCGCGGGGGCCGGACCUCGACCCGCUGCGGCCGGGCGCGAACCCGGCGACGUGGAUGCUCGGCGCCUGCACGGACGCCGUCGCCGAGGCCUACGCGGCGAGCGCUUUGCACGACGAGAACGUGCGGCUCUGCGAGACGUUGAUGCGGCCCGCGGAGGGGUCGCUGCCCGUGUCCUUCCCGACGAAGUACGCCGUGAACAUGAGCCGCCAGCGCGCGGUCCUCGUGCAGCGCAUGAUCAUCAACUACUGGAGGGGCCCCGCGUACAACCUGAGCCGGGGCGCCGUGAGCUUCCUCAUCUCGCUCCUCUUCGGCACGGUCUUCACGCAGGAGCGGCCCGACGCCAUCAACACGUUCACGGGCGGCCUCGGCAGGAUCGGUUUAUUGUACAUCAGCACGCUCUUCAUGGGCAUCAUCUUCUUCGUGUCCGCGGUGCCCCAGAUGAUGGAGGAGCGGAAGGCGUACUACCGGGAGAAGCAGUCGAAGAUGUACAGCACGCUGCCCUACACGGAGUCCUUCGGCGUCGCGGAGUUCCCCUACCUGCUCGGCUUCUCCCUGCUCCACACGGCGACGAUGUGGGUCAUGGUCGACUUCUACCCGGGCUGGGACAAAUACGCGUGGUACUUCGCGAUGUACUUCCUCUACGUGUCCGGCAUGACCUUCCUGGCCCAGUUCCUCGUGGCGGCCAUGCCGUCCCAGGAGGCGGCGACGAGCCUGGGCACGGCGUUCCUCUCCGUCUGCAGCAUCGUCGCGGGCUUCGCGAUCUCGCCGACGAAGAUCCCGUGGUACUUCAAGCCGCUCUACCACGUCGCGACGAUCCACUACGCGCUCGAGGGCAUGGUCGUCACCCAGUUCCACGACAGCCACGUGCGCAUCUCCGAUUUGCCGGGCUGGCCCACGGACAAGCGCUACUACGCGUCCCACUGGACGGAGUCGAAGUUCGGCGGCGCGUUCUGCUACUCGCACCGGUGGUUCGACGUCGCCGCGCUCGUCGCCUUCAUGAUCGUCUUCCGCAUCGGCACGCUCAUCUGCCUCGCGCGCGUCGAGUACACGACGAGGUAA